AUGCCUCGAAUAUGGAUGGACUACUGUACAGUGAUGACGAAGAGGCGGGUGAUUACGGAUUGCCGUCGGGUUUUUGAUAGGGCUCUGCGAGCAUUACCAGUAACACAACACUUACGAAUUUGGCCCCUCUAUAUCAAGUUUGUUACCAGUCAUGACAUUCCAGAGACAUGCAUUAGAGUUUACAGAAGGUAUCUGAAAUUAAAUCCGCGCGGUCGGGAAGACUUUGUGGAGUAUCUGAUCAAGAUUGAUCAACUCGAUGAAGCAGCUCGCCAGCUGGUUACCCUCGUAAAUGAGGACAUGCCCGUAUCAGACAAGGGAAAGACGGUCCAUCAGCUCUGGGCAGAACUUUGCGAACUGAUAUCAAAAAAUCCAAAGAAGGUCCACUCGUUAGAUGUGAACGUGAUUAUGAGGCAGGGCAUUCAGAAGUAUUCCGAUCAGGUGGGCGUGCUUUGGUGUUCGUUUGCUGAAUACUACAUCCGAGCUGGACAGUUUGAAAGAAAUGCUCUGAUCUCUGUAAAGACUGUGCGUGAUUUCACCCAAAUUUUCGAUGCCUAUGCCGCUUUUGAAGAGCGGAAUACAGCAGCACGAAUGGACAAUUUGGCUGAGCCACCGAACGAGGAGGAUGAACUCGAACUCGAAUGGCUUUUUGCGAGAUUUGAACAUCUUAUGGCUCGUCGACCGUUGUUGCUGAACAGUGUGUUGCUUCGACAAAAUCCUCAUAAUGU